AUGACUGAUAUUGCUCAACCUAUCGAAUCUAACCGUACUCGCGGUGGAUCUUUCUCUCAAAAUAAGCCCAAGGUGCUUCGACCCUUCAAUACCAGUGAAGUCAAAAUCCUCUUAUUAGAAAACGUCAACACAACAGCUGUCGAAGCUUUCAAAAAGCAAGGUUACCAAGUUGAAACAUAUGCAAAGGCAUUGGUAGGCGAUGAGUUGAUUGAAAAGAUCAAGGAUGCUCAUGUUGUUGGUAUCCGUUCCAAGACAAAGCUUACCAAAGAUGUCUUGGAUGAGGCAAAGAACCUUUUAGCCAUUGGUUGUUUCUGUAUUGGUACAAAUCAAGUAGAUCUUAAGCACGCAGCCAACAAGGGUGUUGCUGUAUUCAACUCUCCUUUCAGUAACUCUAGAUCUGUGGCCGAGUUAGUGAUUGGUGAAUUAAUUACGCUUGCUCGUCAAUUGGGUGACCGUAACACAGAAAUGCAUGAGGGAAAUUGGAAUAAGGUUUCAAAGAACUGUUAUGAAAUUAGACACAAGGUUCUUGGUAUUGUGGGCUAUGGACAUAUUGGUGCACAAUUGAGUGUGUUGGCAGAAGCUAUGGGUAUGACUGUUUACUUUUAUGACACUUUACAAAUUAUGCCCUUGGGACAAGCAAAGCCUAUGGAAUCCUUAGAAGAGCUCUUAGCCAUUUCCGACUUUGUUUCUCUCCAUGUACCCGAAACUGAAGAAACCAAGAACAUGAUUGGCGAACGCGAGAUCAUGAAUUACAUGAAGAAGGGCUCUUACCUUUUAAAUAAUGCUCGUGGUACAGUUGUUCAAAUCCCCGCACUUGCAAAGGCAUUACAUUCUGGCCAUCUUGCUGGUGCUGCUAUUGAUGUGUUUCCCAAGGAACCUGCUGCCAAUGGCAACCAUUUCACUGAUUACCCUGACUUGUUGAGCGCCAAAAACUUGAUCUUGACACCCCAUAUUGGUGGAUCUACCGAAGAAGCUCAAUCAAUGAUUGGUAUUGAAGUCUCUAGUGCAUUGACUAAAUUCAUCAAUGAGGGUUCUUCUCUUGGUGCUGUCAACUUCCCCGAGAUUGAUUUGCGUGCUAUUUCUCAAGAUGAAAAGGAUACUGUGCGUGUGCUUUAUAUCCAUCGUAAUAUCCCCGGUGUUCUUCGCGCCAUUAAUGAGAUCUUUGCUGACCAUAACGUUGAAAAGCAAUAUUCUGACUCCAAGGGCGAGAUUGCCUAUGUGAUGGCUGAUAUUUCAAAUGUCUCUCAACAGAGUUUGCAAUCCGUUCAUGAUGCGAUUGUUGCAACUCCUGCCAACAUCAAAACUCGUAUGCUCUAUUAA